GGUAUCGCAGCACCACAGCUCAUGGAAAUGCAGACGCACUCUCACGUCUUCCUAUCAGCUCGGAUGAAAAGUUCGACACAGAAGAGGCAUGCUACAAUGUCGUCGAGAUGUCAUGUCCAAUAAAUGCCGACAUAAUCUUGCAACAUCUUCAAAACGACCGUACUCUAAAAAAGGUCUAUCAAUUCGUAUCUACUGGUUGGCCAGAACAACAGCAGGAUCUCGAAAUGUUGCCAUAUUAUAAUCGUAGAUUCGCCCUGACGAUUAACAACAAGCUACUAUGUCUCCAUUCUGACGUAAAUAGAAUCAUCAUUCCUCAAACACUACGGAAUAAGAUUGUAAAUAUCCUCCACGAGGGUCAUUGGGGAAUAGUACGCAUGAAACAACUGGCACGACAACACGUGUGGUGGCCAGGUAUCGACGAUGAUAUCGCAACAAUUGCAAAGGAUUGUAGCGUUUGCAAGAUAGGCUACAAAUGACAGCGACAACAACAGAAAACACUAUAGCCGCACUUACAGCCAUUUUUGCCAUUGAGGGUUAUCCUAAAACUUUAGUCAGUGAUAACGGGCCUCAACUUACAUCCGACUCGUUUAAUCAGUUCUGUCAGCUACAUGGAAUAAGCCACAUCACAACCGCCCCAUUUCAUCCAGCAUCAAAUGGACUUGCUGAGCGCUUCGUCCAAACAUUCAAAACGUCCGUCAGCAAAAAUAUAAAGGAUGGAUAUCGAGUCAACACAGCCGUAACAAAGUACCUCAGCACGUAUCGUUUCACACCUAACUCUGAAGGAAAAACACCUGUAGAACUUCUUCAUGGUCGUCCGGUUCGAACGAUCUUAAGUCAACUCUUCGAGAAGAGAUCUGAAAGCAAGCAGACGCAGCAAACAAAGUAUUCUCCUAAUCAGAAAGUUUUUGCCAGAAACUAUGCAAGGGGAGAAAAGUGGAUAAAAGCUAUCAUCGAUCGGCCUAUAGGUCGUAUGUUAUUUAUCCUUCGUUCAUCCACAGGUUUCAUCAAGCGCCACAUAAACCAGAUAAAGCCAAGAUCUGACCCUGAUAACUGCAGCUCCAGCUACAACGAGGACAACAAUAAGUUUUGGUGGGCUCCUGAAGUCUCAAGUUCGCCCGCAACUCCGACGACACUAACCCAAGAAGAAGAACCGUCAUCCGAUCCAGUACAGAAUUCUCAAUCUAUUGCUGGCUCCAACGAAGUGCCUGCAGCAUCUACACAAAACGUUCUACAACAACCCCAACAACGACGUUCGGGUAUCCCCAUCCGUAGCAGCACUCGCCAACGCAGAGUCCCCAGCCGCUACUCACCUUAGCCUUAGAGGAAACGUAAAAAUCAUUAACAAACCGUAAUUUAAGGGGAGAGAUGUGUUAUAUGUUAGCAACAUAAGUAUUAUUUCACCAUCCAUUGAAAUGUAUUCACAUACACACUAACACUACCUCACCCGAAUGUAUGUAUGCUCAGAGAGCGCUUGAGAGAGUAAUAAAGUCAGUUCGAUUUUAGUUCUCACCCUGAA